GAGCCUAUGGUACACAGGCGCGCAUGAGCCAGGACCAGUUGGUGGCAUGUCUUAUACACAUUUCACGCUACCGCUUCUCUCUGGUCAUCUCCGGUCUAACCAAAAUGCUACAACGCGUGAAUGAAGCUGCGUUGCAAAAUCGUCAUGAGCCAGAUCGCUGCUACUUUGAAUCUUUAGUUAUUAUAUUGACUACAUUAGAGCGUUGCCUGACCAACCAAACCAAGGAUACCGCACGCUUUGAGGAGGCCAUGAAUGUGAAGCUGCUGCUGCGUGAAAUCUCACAGUUUGUGGACGUCCAAAGCGACAGCAACCCAAAUGCAGCACAAUUGAAAGCACUGGCCUCCAAGGUGCUCUUUGCGCUCUCCCAAAAUCACUUCUCGGCCGUAUUCAAUCGCAUCUCAGCACGUAUACAAGAAUUAACAUCGUGCUCUGAGGAAAAUCCCGAUUAUAAUGACAUUGAGCUAAUACAGCACAUUGACAUGGACAUGCAAAAGCUAACAAAAUUAUUACAGGAAACCAUAACAAAAUUUCGCUCUAAGCGUGCACCACCACUUAUUUUGCUCUACUCGCUAGAGAAAGCUAUAUGGAAUUGGAUUGAAUACCAUCCACAAGAGUUUCAGGACUUGCAGCGUGGCACAAACCGCGACAUAUCCACGUGCUGGGAGCCACUCUUGGACUUUGUCGAAUACUUUAAAUCGGAGAACAAAAAAAGCAAGACUUUAGUGUGGCCACUACAAAUGUUGCUACUUAUAUUAAAUCCAUCCAGCCUGGAGGCUACUGUCAACGAACUACAACAAUCGGAGAAGGAGAAAGAAAAAGAAAAAGUGCCCUCAAAAUCUGCGCAAUCCACAUCGCGUGACAAAGAUUUCUCAGCACGGCAAUUUAUUGAGAGCAUAAAGCGUGGCUUGGGUCCACACUCACCAUCGAAACAAGUUACCGAAUCUUCGGCAAUUGCUUGCGUUAAACUAUGCAAAGCCUCAACCUACAUUAAUAUAAAUGACUCCAACAAUGUAGUCUUUAAACUCGUACAGUAUUUUAUGAACGAUCUCAAGGCACUGCUGUUCAAUCCAGUGAAGCCUUUCUCGCGCGGUCAGGGCUAUAAUUAUGCGGACAUUGAGCUAAUGAUUGAUUGCUGGGUAUCAUGCUUUCGCAUCAAUCCGCACAACAUAGAGGCUUUGAAAGUCUGUCUAAAUCUUAAUUCGCCGCAAGCGUACCAUUUUGUUAUUGUUUGCUCGCUAUUGCGCUUGGCCCAUAUUUAUGUGGACUUUCGGCUGCAGAAUAAAAAUCCGUUUCGCAUUGUAAAUCAGCCGCGGCUGUCCUGGUGGCCCCAAACCGAUGUGGUGCACUAUCGUUCCGCCGAGCUACGCGCUCUAUUUACGGAUACGCUAAACAAGGCGACGCAGGGCUAUAUUGCGCACACGCCACUGCGUUAUAUAACUUCACUAACACUCAAGUCCAAGGAUCCACAAAAGAGUCUAAAUCGCCCCGAAGAGGGUCCUGCACAUAAGAUGCUCUUGCUGCUGCUCGUGAGGCUCAUACACGCUGAUCCCACGCUGCUGCUAAAUACGCAAGGUAAAGUCGCGCACGAGGUGCAAAGCUCUACGCUUGAGCUAAUCAAUGGUCUGGUCAGUCUGGUGCAUCAGACCACAUUGCCCGAUGUUGCGCAGGAGGCUAUGGAAGCAUUGCUGGCACUGCAUGCGCCUGAGAAAAUUGAAGUUUGGAAUCCAGAGGCGCCCAUUAAUACCUUUUGGGAUGUCAGUUCGCAGGUGUUGUUCUCCAUAUCGCAGAAACUCAUACAACAUCAGAUUGCUAACUAUACGGAUGUGCUCAAGUGGCUGCGAGAGAUACUCAUCUGUCGCAAUACGUUUCUGCAGCGGCACAAGGACUACGCGCAUGUGGGCAGCCAGAUAGCCAUAUGCAAGCAGGCUCACAUUAAAAUGGAGGUGGUCUUCUUUAUGUAUCUGUGGAGUGUUGACUUGGAUGCUGUGCUGACAUCGCUUUCCUGUUUUGGACUGCUCUGCGAAGAGGCUGAGAUUUGUUGCAGCUCUGAUGAGCUAACCGUUGGCUUUAUUAUGCCUAAUUAUCACAUCUAUCAGGAGUUAGCUCAGCUGUCUACUUCCGCUACGGACACGCGAAUUUGUUUCUUUGAAAACAGUCAUGGCAAUGUGCUGAGUCGUCUUACUUUGCAAAAACGCAUUAUGACGCUGCUGCGCAAGAUUGAGCACUGUGUGCAUGGCGUGCAGCCUGCCUGGGAGGAGACAUUUCGUAACUGGGAAGUAUCCAGCAAAAUGCUGCAGACCUAUCCCAAAAUCAAGACCGAGGAUAAUCAAGCAGAGGUUUUCCAUCGCGGCAUGGGCAAGCGUCGUGCCAGCCAUCAAAGCUCAGAGCACGAUCUGGAGGAACAAAUUAACGAAUGGGCCAACAUGACCUGGUUUCUACUUGCCCUUGGUGGUGUGUGUCUGCAAAAACGCAACAGCAGUCGUCAGUUAUUGUUGCAGCAAUCGCAGAACAACUGCUCGGUGGCUUCUCUAGCGCAAGCAUCGCUUUACUCAAGCUCCACUAGCUCUGGCCAUGGCUCACUGCAUCCCAGCACAAUGUCAUUAUCUACAAUACCAGCUACAGCACCACAGGAUGUUAGUUACUGUCCCGUUACACAAUUUAUAGGUCAGCUGCUGCGUUUGCUUGUCUGCAGCAAUGAAAAGAUUGGGCUGAAUAUACAGAAGAAUGUCAAGGAGCUGGUGGGCGAAGAGAUGUCUACACAGCUAUAUCCCAUUUUGUUUGAUCAGAUCAGAGCUAUUGUGGAAAAGUUCUUUGAUCAACAAGGCCAGGCCAAUGUAAAUGUCACGGAUAUAAACACACAGUUCAUCGAGCAUACUAUCUAUAUAAUGAAGUCUAUACUGGAUCCAAAGGCCAACAAAGAUCCCAACCAGGAACAGCCAUCGCCUUCAGAGCACUUGGGCGUUACCAGCAUUGAGGGCAUGAUGCUGGGCAUAGUGCGCUAUGUGCGUCACCUUGACAUGAAUGUCUAUGCUAUAAGAAUUAAAACGAAGCUCUGCCAAUUGGUGGAGGUCAUGAUGAAGCGCCGCGAUGAUUUAGCUUUUCGUCAGGAGAUGAAAUUCCGCAAUAAGCUAGUGGAAUAUCUAACAGACUGGGUAAUGGGCACAUCGCAUCAAAUAGCGCCACCCAGCUCUGCAGAUGCUUCAAUACUAACCAACACGUCGCUCAUCUUUCGCGACCUAGAUCAAGCCUGCAUGGAGGCAGUGGCUGCACUGCUGCGCGGUCUGCCGCUGCAGCCCGAGGAGUCGGAUCGUGGCGAUCUAAUGGAUGCAAAGAGCGCGCUGUUCUUAAAAUACUUUACGCUUUUUAUGAACUUACUCAACGAUUGCAUUGACAACUCCGAAGCAGAGAAGGACCCCAGCAAUACUACUCCAUUGCUGCCGCCACGCCCACGCAUGGCAGCUGGCAAGCUGACAACGCUGCGUAAUGCCACCAUACAAGCCAUGUCCAAUCUACUGGGUGCCAACAUUGAUUCUGGUCUGAUGCACUCCAUCGACUUGGGCUAUAAUCCAGAUUUGCAAACACGCGCCGCCUUCAUGGAGGUGCUUACACAAAUUCUACAACAAGGCACAGAGUUCGAUACGCUGGCCGAAACGGUGCUGGCCGAUCGCUUUGAGCAGCUGGUGCAAUUGGUCACUAUGAUUAGCGACAAGGGAGAACUGCCCAUAGCCAUGGCUUUGGCAAAUGUGGUCACUACUGCACAGAUGGAUGAACUGUCGCGUGUGUUGGUCACGCUCUUUGAUGCCAAGCACUUGUUGUCGCCGCUGUUGUGGAAUAUGUUCUACCGCGAGGUGGAGGUUUCGGAUUGCAUGCAGACGCUUUUCCGCGGUAACUCACUGGGCAGCAAGAUUAUGGCGUUUUGCUUUAAGAUCUACGGCGCCAGCUAUUUGCAAAUGCUGCUGGAGCCGUUGAUACGUCCACUACUCGAUGAGCAGGUAGAGACUUGCUUUGAGGUAGAUCCAGCCCGCUUGGAGCCCAAUGAGGACAUUGAAGAGCAUCGCAACAAUCUGAUAGCGUUAACGCAAAAAGUAUUUGAUGCCAUUAUCAAUUCAUCAGAUCGCUUUCCGCCACAGCUGCGCUCCAUGUGCCAUUGCUUGUACCAAGUGCUGAGCAAGCGCUUCCCGAAUCUGCUGCAGAAUAACAUUGGCGCUGUGGGCACAGUUAUCUUUUUGCGUUUUAUAAAUCCGGCUAUAGUUUCGCCACAGGAGCUUGGCAUUGUGGGCAAACAGGUGCCCAGCUCGGCUAAGCGCGGACUCAUGCUCAUGUCCAAGAUACUACAAAACAUAGCCAACCAUGUGGAGUUUUCCAAGGAGCAGCACAUGCUUUGCUUUAAUGAUUUUCUACGCGAUCAUUUCGAGGCCGGACGUCGCUUCUUUAUACAAAUCGCCUCGGAUUGCGAGACUGUGGAUCAAACGUCGCAUAGCAUGAGCUUUAUAUCAGAUGCCAAUGUGCUGGCCUUACAUCGUUUGCUGUGGACUCAUCAGGAGAAGAUUGGCGACUAUCUAUCCAGCAGUCGUGAUCACAAGGCUGUUGGCCGCAGACCGUUCGACAAAAUGGCCACUCUGCUGGCAUACUUGGGCCCGCCGGAGCACAAACCUGUCGACUCACAUAUGAUGUUUAGCUCUUAUGCACGCUGGAGCUCCAUUGACAUGUCUUCCACUAAUUUUGAAGAGAUUAUGGUCAAGCAUCAAAUGCAUGAGAAGGAAGAGUUUAAAACGCUCAAGUCUAUGAAUAUAUUCUAUCAGGCAGGCACCAGCAAAUCGGGCUAUCCAGUGUUUUAUUAUAUAGCACGACGCUAUAAAAUUGGCGAAACCAAUGGAGAUUUAUUAAUUUAUCAUGUUAUACUAACGCUCAAGCCCUUCUGCCACUCGCCCUUUGAGGUGGUCAUUGACUUUACGCACACCUGCAGCGAUAAUCGCUUUAGAACGGAAUUUCUGCAAAAGUGGUUCUAUGUGCUGCCCACUGUGGCUUAUGAUAAUGUGCAUUCCGUUUAUAUAUACAACUGCAACUCUUGGGUGCGCGAGUAUACAAAGUUCCAUGAUCGCAUCUUGGCGCCCUUGAAAGGCAAUCGCAAGCUACUGUUUCUGGAAUCGCCGCCCAAGCUGUGCGAUUAUAUAGAUGCGGAGCAGCAAAAGCUGCCUGGCGCAACGCUCUCAUUGGAUGAGGAUCUAAAAGUGUUUAGCAAUGCGCUUAAGCUGAGUCAUAAGGACACCAAAGUGGCCAUCAAAGUGGGCCCAACAGCUAUACAAAUCACCUCGGCUGAAAAGACAAAAGUUCUGGCGCAUUCCGUGCUGCUCAACGAUGUGUAUUAUGCUUCGGAAAUCGAAGAGGUUUGCCUGGUGGAUGACAAUCAGUUUACGCUGUCCAUAACCAACGAGAGCGGCCAACUGAGUUUCAUACACAACGAUUGUGACAACAUUGUCCAGGCUAUUAUACACAUACGCAAUCGCUGGGAGCUUAGUCAGCCUGAUUCGGUGACAGUGCAUCAGAAAAUACGACCCAAGGAUGUGCCAGGCACGCUGCUCAACAUGGCGCUGCUUAACUUGGGCUCAUGUGAUCCCAAUCUACGCACGGCUGCCUACAACUUGCUUUGCGCUUUGACGGCAACUUUUGACUUGAAAAUAGAGGGACAGCUUUUGGAAACACAAGGACUUUGCAUACCCUCCAACAACACCAUCUUUAUCAAGUCCGUUAGUGAGAAGUUGGCCACCAAUGAGCCGCAUUUGACGCUUGAGUUUUUGGAAGAGUCCAUACAGGGCUUCCAACGCAGCACUAUAGAGCUGAAGCAUUUGUGCUUGGAGUACAUGACACCCUGGCUAAAGAAUCUAACCAAAUUCUGCAAGUCCAACGAUGAUGCCAAGAAACUCAAAGUAUCACAGAUUCUUGAUAAACUAAUUUGCCUCACCAUAGAUCAAAAGGAAAUGUAUCCAUCGGUGCAGGCCAAAAUUUGGGGCUCCAUUGGUCAAAUACCAGAGCUCAUUGACAUGGUGUUGGACAAUUUUCUGCACAAGUCCAUUACCUAUGGCUUGGGCUCGCCACAGGUGGAAAUUAUGGCAGAUACGGCUGUGGCCUUGGCCUCAGCCAAUGUGCAACUUGUUUCCAAAAAGGUUAUAACACGCAUGUGCCGCGUUAUGGAUAAAUCUUGCACUAAUCCCACUCAGUAUCUGGAGCAGCAUAUGAUGUGGGAUGAUAUAGCCAUACUGGGACGCUAUCUACUUAUGUUGUCCUUUAACAAUUGCUUGGAUGUAGCCACAUCAGUGCCGUAUUUAUUCCAUACAAUAACAUUUCUGGUCUGCUCCGGCUCGCUAUCCAUGCGCGCCUCUACCCACGGCCUGGUUAUCAACAUAAUACACUCGCUCUGCACCUGCACGAAUCCUUCGUUUGGCGAGGAAGCGCAGCGUGUGCUGCGCCUGUCGCUGGAUGAGUUCUCGCUGCCCAAGUUCUAUCUGCUCUUUGGCAUCAGCAAGGUCAAGUCGGCAGCGGUUACAGCCUUCCGCUCCAGCUGUCGCCAUCCCACUGACAAAUGGUUGGGCAAUGAGCGCGUCACACAGCCGCUGCCCGCCGAUCGUGAGCGUCUCUCGCUGCCCUCACUAGAAGUUAUUACAGAUGCUUUACUGGAAAUAAUGGAGGCCUGCAUGCGCGAUGUGCCCGACUGCGAUUGGCUGCACACUUGGACUUCACUGGCACGCAGCUUUGCUUUCUGCUAUAAUCCGGCGCUGCAGCCACGCGCGCUUAUUGUCUACGGCUGCAUUAGCAAGACGGUGACGGAUCAUGAGGUGAAGCAGCUGCUGCGCAUACUGGUCAAGGCGCUGGAAUCCUUUAAUGAUUUGAUACUAAUUGAGGCGCUGGUCAUGUGUCUCACACGCAUACAGCCGCUACUACGUCCCGAGUCGCCCAUACAUCGUGCGCUCUUUUGGGUAGCCAUAUCCGUGCUGCAGCUGGACGAGAUUACACUGUAUGCCGCUGGCCUAGCGCUGCUGGAACAAAAUCUGCACACACUCAAGUCGCAGGGCUGCUUCGAUAAGAAGGAAACCAUUGCCGAGGUUAUGAUGAAGACGCGCGAGAAGCUCGAAUGGCAUUUCAAGCAGCUUGAUCAUGCUGUGGGCUUGUCUUUUCGCAGCAAUUUUCACUUUGCGCUGGUGGGACAUCUGAUUAAGGGCUUUCGCCAUCCCACGCCCACCACAGUGUCACGUACUUCACGUGUGCUUAUUAUGCUGUUGGGCAUAAUUGCCAAGCCAUUGCAUCGGGACAAGUUUGAAGUUACUCCCGAUAGUGUGGCCUAUCUGACAGCGCUUGUGGCCGUCUCGGAGGAAGUACGCUCCCGCUGUCAUGUCAAGCAUGCGCUGCCACGUUGGCCUGCAGAUCUGGGCGCCAGUCUUGACAAUGCCGAACUAGCCAAUGGCAUGCAACCUUUGGGUCAGCCGCUGUCGCGUCGUCAGAAGAGCUGGGAUAUUUUAGAUCAAUCUGCUUUACAAUUUGCGCGUCAUCACAAAGUACCCACACUACAGAAUGCGAGAGUUUUAUUUAAGACUCAACGCUCAUUUUCGGUACCAACCACCAAGGAUCCGAAUAAUGCGAGCGGCAUCGAAGAACGUCAGGAACGCGGCUCACGCUCGUCCGUGUCCAAUGAAUCAAAUGUUUUGCUGGAUCCCGAGGUAUUGCCUGAUCUGUCCAUACAAGCGUUAGUAUUGACAGUCUUAGCCACGCUGGUUAAAUACUCAUCGGAUGAGAAUGAAACACGCGUGCUAUAUCAGUAUUUAGCUGAGGGCUCCGUGGUAUUUCCCAAAGUGUUUCCAGUAAUUCACUCAUUGCUGGAUCAGAAGAUCAAUAACAUAUUAUCGGUGUCGCAUGAUCAAGUUGUCUUAAACUCCGUGCAGAGCAUUAUACAAAAUAUGUUGGCCAGCGAGGAUCCAUCGCAGCAACAGCUGCACUUUUUGCAAAGUUGUGGCUUUGGCGGACUCUGGCGUUUUGCUGGACCAUUUACCAAGUACAACAUGAUGGGUGAAUCUUCGGAACUGUUUGUUAACUGCUUGGAGGCUAUGGUGGAAACGUGUCUGCCUGGAGAUGAGCCAGCGCCUGUGCCACCCUCACCACGUCCCUACAAUUUGAGCUCCAGCCUCAGCAGCCUGACGCUUGGCUCACCCACAGACAAAGCUGCAUGAAUAACAACAACAAAUCCAAGCACUAGACGCAACACAAUAUUCUCGAAACUAAUGCGUUUUUUGAAUCUAUUUAAAAAAUGUUUUUAAACCAAAAUGUACAAAAAACAAAACGCUACAAAAGCGAAUGUCCAGUGACGUCGGUUGAAAAAAGAGAAAAUCAAAAAUAGUCUAUACGAACUCAAGACACAAAUACUGUUAACACAAGCCCUACGAAUAUACCUAGUACCAAUAGAGGAAAACAGAGCUAGAGCAUAAACAUAUAUAUAUUUUGACAGCGAAACGCAGCAGAAAAACAAAAAUUGAGAACAAUUUUUCGAUGUUCAUCAAUAUUAAAUGUAGUUUUUUAUUAUAAAUGUGUAGUAUUUAAAGUUAAGCGCCCUACACACACACCAGUUCCUGAUUAGGCCAUGGCCCAUGCGCAACGGCACUUUAACCAGAUUGGAUAACAACUUAAAGCUUUAACAAAAUGGCAAGCAUUGGCUGCUGCCUUUUAAUUAUUUUGUAUUAUACGAGAAUCUCUCCUGGCAACUAACAAAUUCUGUAAUUUACACGCAUUUAUUUUUUAUUUUUAU